GGCACUCAACUCACAAUGGUCAUUGCACAAUCACAACACUUAUUUACUUUCUAUAACUAAUUGUUAAGGAAUACAUUUUUAAUACAGUAGAUUUUUUUUUUUCAUCGAACUUAUUCAACAGAAACAAACAAAUUGUCUGCCACAAAUUUGCCUCAAUAUUUUCCAUUAAGAAAAACAAUCAUGUCAUUCAUUGUCGCAAUUUAUUCUAGUUUGUUAUUGGCCCGUUAUCGUAUUUAAUAAAAACGGUUGAUGCUGACACGAAAACAAAAUUGUGGGAAAUUACCUUGAACAAUGUGUUUUUAAAUUGUAAUCUUGCAAAUUACAAUUUAUCAUCAUUUUGUAUUUCAAUCAAUGAAUAAUAGCUACAGACUCAUCUCUCGUUUCUCUGAAUCGCAUCUUUUGAAUUUUGAUACGAAAACAGCCACCGCAAUCCGAUGAUUUUUCUCGAAUUCAGAUGUGAUUUUUGUGUGUAGCACACGUUUGGCUACGCAAAUUAGAAACCGAAAAAAAACGGGUAGGCCAAGGAAAACGCAUUCUUAUUAGUUCAUGUGGAUAAAGAAUGUAAGGUAACGGAAUUUUUUUGACUUUCGUUUCGGAUUUAGCAUCGAGGGAAAUGUAUGUCGCGGUGCGACAUAAAAACAAAAAUAGCCAAUAUGCUGCUAUCGCUGUGUGAUUUUGGGCUGCAAAGUUGAAAAUAGCCACAUCGUCGUGAUGUGAUUUGUAUUUCCCGAGGAGCUUCUAGGUAAUUUCGAUUCUGAUUGCCUAUUUUGAAAAUCUGGCGGUUAAGGACGCCAACAUUGUAAACGAUGCCCAAUAGAUGGCGCACACGAAUGUGGAAUGUCAAUUGUGUAUGACAUUUGGAAAGCGCUAGAAUAAACUGACAAAUAGUUUGUGCGGAAAAGAGUUGUUGAAAUUGCAUUAUUGUUUUAUUUUUCAUUUCGUUUUUUCUUUUGUUUUUCUUUACUGGUUCUGGCGUUGUGUGCUCCAACCGACGGAAAUCUCAAAUGUUUUUAUUAUUCAUUUCGAAAAGCAUCCGACAAAUUACUACGGAACAUUACAUUUUCGUUGACCAUACGCAGCUCGAUUGAAUUUAAUGCUGAUCCACUGGCAACAAAGUAAAACUAAACCGAACGGAUUCAAUCACAAUUUUAAAUUACGGCAUAUGCACAUUGCUUUUGUUGUCGCAAAAUCUCGAACAUUCCUUGAAAAUCACGUCCAGACGACGUAAUCGAUACAAUGACAUUGUAUUGUUGGGGUAGCACGAGUCAUGGUGAACUUGCCCUCGGUGGUAUUGAAGAAGAGCAUGUUCUAACACCACGACAGCUUGACUGGUCACUUGCAUGCGAUAUUGAGCAUGUGUCUUGUGGACCAGUUCAUACGCUGUUUUUAGUAAAUGGCAAAGUAUAUUCGAGUGGCAACAAUGAUUUUGGACAGUUAGGUCAUGAGCAAACGAGAAAACGUCCACGUAUGUCAACAUUUUUUUAUUUGGUUGAAAAUCUCGAAAGUCAUGUUAUCAAAAAUGUCUGUUGUGGAUCAUCACACUCAUGUGCUAUCAACGAAUGGGGUUUAUUAUUCACAUGGGGAUCAAAUAGCUUCGGACAGUUAGGCUAUGGCGAAUUUGACACAAAUGAACCACUGCCAAAACUAGCUAAAAAAUUAGCCACAAAAAAUAUUGUACAAAUUGCAUGCGGUGAUCACCAUAACCUUGCGCUCACAAAUGAGGGUGAAUUAUGGUCUUGGGGUUUGAACAAUUAUGGACAAUUGGGUAUUGGAAAUGCAAUGAAAAAAGUUACGAAUCCAAUGAAAAUCACAUCUUUAGAUGGAAUUCCAAUUGCCUUUAUUGCAUGCGGCGGUUAUCAUAGCUUUGCAAUUUCGAAGAGUGGGGCCGUUUUCGGCUGGGGAAAAAAUACUUUUGGCCAACUUGGUAUUGGUGACGAAAAUCCCAGAUUCUAUCCGACUCAACUCAAAACACUGCGAUCAAUUGGUGUUCGCAAGGUGUCGGCUGGCGAAGAUUUUUCAGUGUUCCUUACGCUUGAUGGUGGUGUAUUUUCUUGUGGUGCAGGAAAUUUCGGGCAGUUAGGUCAUGGUAACAGGAAUAAUGUUAGCUUGCCGCGAAUGGUAGUUGAAAUGAUGGGCACUCAAGUUACACAGGUUACAUGUGGCAAUAGGCACACAUUAACAUAUGUGCCGUCAAGAGGACGCAUCUAUGGUUUUGGUUUGAACUCAUGUGGCCAAUUAGGCAAUAGGUCAACCAAUAACUCAGCUGUUCCGAUUGUUGUAAUUGGACCAUGGGCAUUUGACGAUAAGACUGAACGAGAAAGUUCCUUUGUGAAAAGAAUAUUUUCGGGCGGAGAUAGAUCGUUUGCAUUCACAUCAUCUGAUAACACAAAUAGUUAUGACUCUCGUAUCCUUGAGUCGAAUACACAGAUUGAAAGUUUGUCAAUUAGUUUAGCCAAGCAUUGUGCCAGUAUUGGAAAAGAUGAAACGGUUGAUCUGCAGCUGAUGUCAUCCAUUGAAACAUUGUUCAGAAGUUUGGCCUGCAUAAACGGCUCAUUUUUGCAACCAAACGACGCUCACAUGUGUUGCACUUCGAAAAAUCAUGGGGUCAACAUUGCCGAUGCGGAAAUUGCCUUUGGGUACAUUCGGAAGAUGGAAAAUUUAAACCUAAAAAAUGUUAUUUGGGAAGGUAUUACGACGACAAUCAUCAAAACGCUGUCAUCAUCGCCACCCGAUGUCGAAGUUUUGAGAUCGUAUUUGCUUUUACCACUUUACCAUGAAUUCAUUAACUCGAAAAACUACGAAACACUCCACACGCCAUUCAGUCGGGCUGUUCUCAGCUUAGGCAAAAUUCCAUUGAAUAUUCUGACACAAUGGUGGGCUGAACAAUCCACCGAUUACUUUGAACGAUUAGUUGAAAACUAUAAAAGUGUUGUCAUGCACGUCUUGAGAUUUAAAUACAAUAGCUCGAGUAGCAAUAUGGAUACAGCCGAACCAGAAUUGCCCAUGGUUACAUGGGAACCAAAUUUAGAUAUGGCUCUGAAAAUGCUCAAACUGCUAUUUCAAAUUAACAAUAACCAACGAAUGCAACGUCUGUCCUAUGAGACAUUCUACUUGCCUGAAAUUACUGAAAUGGUUGAUCUACAAAAAGAUUUCUAUCGCUGGUCACAGAGCCAAGGCCACUCCAACGAAUUUUUCCUCUGUAAUUUCCCAUUUAUAUUUGACGCAAAAUCGAAAACCCUUUUGCUGCAGACAGAUCAAGCGAUCCAAAUGCAUCGAGCCGUAAUGCAAGCACAACAAAGUCUUCUGUUGGCCAACUUAUUGGCACGCGAACCAACUGAUGUAAAUGAAUUUGUUGUGUUCAAUGUGACGCGAGAGAAUAUUGUCAAUGAUACAAUUCGUGAAAUUUGCAUGUGCAAUGUCAAAGAUCUGAAAAAACCGUUAAAGGUGAAGUUUCUCGGUGAGGAGGGUGAGGAUGCCGGUGGUGUGCGAAAGGAAUUUUUCUUGUUGCUUAUGAAAGAAAUUCUUGAUCAAAAGUACGGGAUGUUUCAAGAGUACGAAGAAUCGCGUCUGAUUUGGUUCGCUUCAAACAGUUUUGAAGAUCCAGAGAUGUACAAAUUAGUUGGUACCAUUUGUGGCCUUGCUAUUUACAACUUUAUCAUCAUCAAUUUGCCAUUUCCAUUGGCAUUGUACAAGAAGCUGCUAAAAGAAAAAGUUGAUUUGACCGAUAUGAAAGAGGUGUCACCAGUUUUGGGACGAACAAUGCAAAAUAUUCUUAAUUAUGAAGGCAAUGACAUGGAAGAUGUGUUUGAUUUGACCUUCGAAAUUAGCCGCGAAAACUACGGCCAUCUUGAAACCGUACCACUCAAACCAAAUGGCGAUCAAAUUCGAGUGAAUCAGGAAAAUAAGAAAGAAUUCGUUGAAUUGUAUAUUGAUUUUGUGCUGAACAAAUCGGUCGAAACACAGUUUAAUGCAUUUUACGCUGGCUUCAUGAAAGUUUGCGGCGGUCCAGUCAUGGAACUGUUUCGAUCGCAUGAGCUCAUGGGGCUCAUUAUUGGUAACGAACACUACGAUUGGGAUGCAUUUGAACAAUCGACAAAAUACAAAGGCGGCUAUUCAUCUGGUGAUCCAACGAUUCGCCUAUUUUGGGAAGUAUUUCAUGAACUGCCACUAGAAGACAAAAAAAAAUUCUUGCUAUUUUUAACGGGGAGCGAUCGAAUUGCGAUCGGAACAAAAGCUCUACAAAUUAUUAUCCAACCGGUAACCGAUGAUAAAUUUUUGCCUGUGGCUCACACUUGCUUUAAUUUACUAGAUCUUCCUCGUUAUCAAACGAAAGAGAAAUUAAAAUACAAACUGAUGCAAGCAAUUCAGCAACAUCAAGGGUUUAGCUUAGUUUGAAGACUUCAUUUAAAAGCGCAUUCACGCUUAAUAUUUUGUGAUAAUCAGAAAUUGCUAGUUGUGUUUCUUUAACGAACCUUUUCAUUUUCAAUUAUUCCAAAAUUAAGACGAAAGAGAAAAAAAAAAAAACAUAAAAAAACCGAAAAAUAAACUUUCUGUUGGCUGAGAUACUCAGGUUUUGCAAUAAUUCAUUAAAACUGUUAUUGUAUUUAUGUUUUUCUGAUGAACAAAAAGAAAACGAGAAAAUAAAAUUUAUUUUUGUAUUAAACCUAUGGAAA